AUGCAGAUUGAACAGUCCAUGUGCCCUCAGAUCAACGUUGGGGAAGAUCGUUUCCCAGGAUUUUACAUUAUGUCCCAGUUCCACAUUGCUGAGCUGGCAAGAAGAGGGAUUGUGAAAAAGGUUCCUGGGUCUUCUCCUCACUAUACUGCUUAUCAAAUAGGCCCAGCGUUCAACUUCCGAAUUAACACGAGAUCAGCUUAUCCCCUUGGACUACCUGAGCAGUUUGCGUUUGUGGCAGUGCUGCGCAUGAGUGGCAAAACCAUAAAGAAAAACUGGAAUAUCUGGCAAAUGCAGGAUGUGAACGGCAACGAGCAGCUCGCCAUCAGACUGAACGGGGAGUCUCAGUCUCUGGAGUUUUCCUUCACGGCGCUGGACAAAGGAAGGCACACUGUUGUUUUCUCCUCCCUGGCGUUCCUCUUCAACUCCCAGUGGCACAAAGUCCUGCUGGACGUCAGGAAACACUCGGUCACUCUUUUCGUGGACUGCAUCAUGAUCGAUUCACUAAAUAUAGCAGCUCGAGAGAAAGUCAGUCUGGACGGCUUUACGUUGAUAGGAAAACUAAAGGAAACCCCAGUGAUAGCAGUUCCGUUUGAACUACAAUCAAUGGUGAUUCACUGUGACGUGACGCAAGCCCGGAGAGAAGCUUGCAAUGGCCUCCCAGGCAGGAUCUCGAUCGACGAGGCAGAAAUGCAGAGGAGCCAAGGAGCUGUUGGCCCUCCCGGACCUGCAGGUGUCCCAGGAAUUGAUGGCAUCGCUGGGGAGAGGGGAGCAGAGGGCGAAGACGGGCCUCCUGGACCUGACGGAGAUGCAGGUAAACCCGGCUCUUCAGGGUUGCCAGGAAUACCUGGAGCUGAUGGUGUGACUGGCCCUAUUGGAGAUGCUGGGCCCGACGGCCCUCCUGGACAGAAAGGUGAACCUGGAAAAUCUGGACCUCGUGGAUUAGCUGGUGUUGGACCAGACGGACCCCCAGGGCCACCUGGGCCUGGAGGACUUCCGGGUGAAGUGGGCAAAGUUGGGCCCCCUGGCGCCAUGGGUGUUAGAGGACCUCAGGGACCUCGUGGACCAGCAGGGCCCAGAGGUGCAGCUGGAAUGAUGGGCUCUGCUGAGCUGUGCCCAAACUCUUGUCCACCUGGGACCCCUGGUCAUCCUGGCCUCCCUGGUAUGAAGGGUCAUAAAGGUGUAAAAGGAGAAGCAGGGGAGCCUGGGAAACAAGGACACAAGGGUGAGGAAGGAGAACAAGGAAGUCCAGGGGAAGUCGGAUCCCAAGGGCCAAGGGGUCCACAGGGAAUUCGUGGAGCCACUGGGAUGAUGGGUCCUAAGGGGGAGAUGGGACCCCGAGGCCAUGAUGGAGACCCAGGUCCCCAGGGUGUUGCAGGAGCCACUGGAGAUCAAGGCCAGAGAGGCGUGAUGGGCGAGGCUGGGCCUAAAGGUGAAAUGGGUCCUCAAGGGCCAAGAGGAAUCACAGGUCUUCCAGGUCCCAAGGGAGAGGCUGGUUUGCCAGGUGUGGAUGGUCGUGAGGGUAUUCCUGGUAUGCCAGGAGCAAAGGGUGAUGUUGGGAAAGCAGGAGCUCCUGGAGAAGUUGGGCUUCAGGGACUUCCUGGGUUGCCCGGUGCGCCUGGACCAAAAGGCUUGAGCGGCCCUAAGGGAGAUGCUGGUCAAGCAGGCCUCCUUGGAACAAUGGGCUCUGCUGGCAAACCAGGAGAGCGCGGGGAGCAGGGAGAAGUAGGACCUCCUGGGCCAGUUGGCCUGUCUGGAGACAUGGGAGAACAAGGCCCUUUAGGUCCAAGAGGAAAGCCAGGAGCGAGGGGUCCCAAAGGUGACCUUGGACUCCCUGGUCUUCCCGGUCCUCCCGGUCUGCCUGGGGUGAAAGGAGAGAGGGGAGAGUCUGGAGAACCAGGACCCAAAGGAGAGCCGGGAAUGCCAGGUGCUGAGGGAAACCCUGGAGACAAAGGGGAUGUUGGUGAAGGAGGAGAGCUUGGACCUAAAGGAGCAGUUGGCAAUCCCGGUGAGCCUGGAAACAGAGGACCUGAAGGAGCUCGAGGCCAGCCUGGCAUUGAAGGACCUGCUGGCUCACCCGGACCACGUGGCAUGCAAGGAAACAGGGGUGCGCCCGGCGUCCGUGGGUCCCAGGGUCCAGCAGGCAAGGAACCAAGUGAUCAACACAUCAAACAAGUUUGCAUGCGAGUCAUGCAAGAGCAGCUGGCUCAGUUAGCUGCCAGUCUAAGGAGACCAGAGUCUGGCGUAGCUGGUCUACCUGGCAAACCUGGACCUCCAGGUCCCCCAGGGCCUCCAGGAGACAAUGGCUUCCCUGGGCAGGCAGGUACAAGAGGUCUUCCAGGACUCAAAGGGCCACCAGGACUUAUGGGAAUCAAAGGACCUAAAGGUGAAAUGGGUGACAGAGGAUCUAGAGGUCGCACUGUGCGAGGGCCUAAGGGUCAGCCAGGACCUCCCGGCCUGCCUGGUGAGCCAGGGAAACCUGGUUACGGUCAGGAUGGACGGGACGGCGAAAGGGGACCCCCUGGCGUUCCUGGACAGCCUGGUGUGCCUGGGCCUCCAGGUUCAGCUGGACCCAAUGGCUAUUGUGACCCGUCAGCCUGCAACCUCCAGGCAGGAGCUGCCCACCAGUCUCUGAAGGACUCAAAUCUGAAGGGGCCUGCAGGGAAUUGAGAGCCACUCUGGCAAAGACAGAGAGACUGUUGGAUAUCUCCCUUCCCCAGAGCACACAACGUUUUUCACAGUUUCUUCUCAGGGGCUGUAGCUUCUGGUGCCUUCAAUCCAUUAACCUCUAGACUUGUGAGAAUGUUUUGCGCUAGUCACGUCUCUGUCAGAGGGAAUCUGCCUCUUCAGAUUGCAAAACACAACACAAUAUUUUUAUGUGCUGCAAAAUCCAUCUUGUUCUGUUGUGUAACUGUUUUUAUACUGAAGGAUGUUCUGUUAUUUUGAGAGAUGUGUCUUCACAUUCUUGAAAAGAUAUGAAAUGACCGGAGAUGUUUGUUUAUCCCGCUCUCCUUGUACACCUGCCCACAUUUCCUUUUCUCCCUCUUCAUUUUACACUUUUUACUUCAAUAAAGGCUCCUCCAGUUUUUCAAAAGAAGUCACAAUAAUAGCCCAAAGCAAAUCAGGAUCAGGAUUUCGUUCAGCUAAAAUGGUUUUUCAAUUAUUUUGUGCUGUAUGUGCUACUGUGUACCAAAGAUAAACCUGCUGAAACCUGCUUUUUCAUAUAUUUCUACACAUCUUUCUUUUUUUCUCUCUUUUUGGUUCUGCCAUCCAAAGUAAAAAGGAGCGAGGAUAACAUUGACAUCAAUUUACACUGACUUCAGUGUACACUGUAAAUCUCUGUAAAUUGUUUUAAGUGUGGUUAAUUAUAUUUCCUACAAAACAACUUAAUGAAUGUGAGAUUUUGUGUCAUUGUACAAUGGGAACAUACUCUGGUUAAGCAAAUGAAGCAAUGUAUUUAAGAAGAAUCAUCACAUCCAAGAGUAAUUUAUCAACCAUGGUAGUAUACUUUCUAGAUGAUAAUAGAAUUUGUGACAAACAAAAGAGUUCUCAGUUGUUUUUCUACAGGAUGUUCAU